CGAUUCUUCAAAUGCGAUUGUCAAACUAACGUCGUGCCUGCAUUUAACCUUAAAAUUUUGUUGGUUCUGUAGGUGAUUGCAUUAUUUGUUUAAAAACAAGAAAUAUGGCUCUAACAAGGUUGAGAAGUUUAACUCAAUUAUUGAAGAAGCCACAAAUCCUAGCAUUAGUUCAAACCGACAAUACUAUUCAUACAACUUCAGUCAACAACGCAAAAGGAAAGAGGCAGGACGACAUGGCCCCAAAACAUUGGCUAACAUACAAUGAUGUAAUUUAUCCACCACAAAAACCUGGAGAAGCUCCACGGCCAGCAUUUGUUUGUCAUCAGAAGCCAAAUAUCAAAUAUAGUCCUUUUAAAAUGUGGUAUAUUGCAUGUCUGAUCAGAGGUAUGACUGUUGAUGAAGCAAUCAAACAACUCAAAUUUGUGCAAAAAGGAGCAAAAUACGUUAGGGAAGCUCUUGAGGAGGCUAAGGAAAUUGCUGUAAAAGAGCACAAUGUUGAAUUUGGAAGUAAUUUAUGGGUUGCUGAAUCUUUUACUACUAAAGGUCAAGUUAUUAAGGGAAUAAGAAGACAUGCUAGAAUGAGGGGAGGACUUGUACAUUAUGUUCAUUGUCAUUAUUUUGUUAGAUUGGAGGAAGGUAAACCACCAAAGGAUUAUUAUAUUCGCCCUAGUAGCACAGAGCCAAGCCAACAGUUACAGGACUGGCUAGACAAUAUUCGAAAACGUAAAAUUACCAGUUCUUUGUAAAAUAUAAAUAAGAAAUAAAUGUAUUGGGUCAUUA